GUCCCUUCCUUCCCUCCCUUGCUCCGCAGCAGCAGCAGCAGGACAGAGGUAGUUCAGUUUUUGAAGCCGUGGCAUGAAUGAUCUCAUCUGAACCUGAUCUCCGCUUUCCCUGCCGUCGAUCCUAUGACCGAGACGGGAAUAAAAUAACACAAACACGAGUUUUUGGCUUCAAAAUCUUGCACAACACUCCUGCAGUCUUACAGUGUGUUAAUUUGGUGAUGGAGUCUUGCCUCAGACUGGCCUAAAAUGGGCAGAAAUGGUGCUGAACAAAAGCUGCUUGUCACUCGUACAAAAGUACUUGAAGCGUUGCAGCCGGGACCGAGCUGCAUUUCUAUUGCCUGUGCCUCUCAACAGGAAAGAGAGACAACAUGUUCCCGAAGGGCACCAAGCGCAAGUUCUCAGACCCCGGAGAGGAACCGGUCUCCGAGGAGGACCAGGUCCCGGUGACUCCAUCUGUGGCGGCCCGGACGCUGACGUCGGCAUACAGCCUACAGCGGCAGUCGCUGCUUGACAUGUCGCUGAUCAAGCUGCAGCUCUGCCACAUGCUGGUCGAGCCCAACCUAUGCCGCUCGGUGCUCAUAGCCAACACAGUGCGGCAGAUCCAGGAGGAGAUGACCCAGGACGGCACCUGGCAGAUAAUGACCCAGGCGCUGGCAGCCGCCCAGUGUCCCGCAGACCGCCUGGUGGCCACAGAGGUGCUGUGCCGGCAGACGGACCCGGCGGGGCAAAGCCCGAAGCCCUGCUCAGGGGCCGGCCUGGAGGAAGGCUACCACGCUGAGGAGGUGGUGAUGGAGGGAGACGUGGAGACAGAGGUCACCAUGUCCACUUUGUCGCCCGUCUCCCCCCAACUGUCCUCGGCCUCGUACCUCGCAGGUCCCUUUGGCAUGGGACCCUGCUGGGAGGAGGACGAAGAAGAUGGCGAGUGCGAGGAGGAUGAAGAGGACGACAGCGAGGAGUGUGCGUCUGAGAGUGAAGAGGGGGACCGGGACCACCUGAGCCCAGACACCAGGACAGGGGAGCAGGUUUUUGGGACUUUUGAGAUCAAACACCCAGCGCCGCCCCCUGACCCUGCCCUCGAGGAACUGUUUUCAGACGUGGACCCGUCCUACUACGACCUUGACACGGUGCUGACAGGCAUGCAGAGUGCUCCUAAGAUGGGGCCUUACGAUCUGCUGGAGAGCCUUUCCUCUCACGGGCCCACAGCCCUCAGCUCCAGCUCGAGCUGCAGGUCAGACCUGAACGAACUGGACCACAUCAUGGAGAUCAUUGUGGGAUCCUGAAACUAAAAACAUUCCUCUGGCCUGUCAGAGCCCUCAGACUCUUUCCAGACUAUGCACAGUACACAUGUGCAUGUUCUGUAUGUGGUAUUGUUACACAUGGAGAUUGUUAGAGGUUUUGGGGACAAGGUAGGGAAUUAACAGCAAGCCAAGUAGAUUUUGGGAUCGGCUGUUAGAGGUGUAUUUAGUCUUCUAACGGCCACUUAGGCAAGUCGGCAGCUGCUGUUGGGACCCUCCUCUUUUAUUCAGAAAUUGGCAGUUAAAGUAGAGAUCAGAAAUGAAUGAAUUUUGGGAUUCACAAGCCACGUUGGUCUGUGGGUGAAGCGGUUAGUUUCCUACUUUGUUGAUGAAAUCCAAAACUUGACAAUACGUGUGAGAGAGGGCGAAGAUAAUUACCUAUACCAUGAUGCAUUCUUAUUUACGUACUUUCCAUGUUUACGUCUGUCAUACAUUCUGUUGUACUAGCUCCUUCUGGUCGUAUUCUCUGCCAUUCUGUCCAUUUUCUAUUUAUUGUAUCAUGGACUGAGGAACAACUCAUCACACUACAUGCAUCAGAAACAGAACAAAUUGUAAAUCCAAAUCUAUGAAUCAAUGCAUAUUUUCCUAAAGAUUUGAGCAAUUAUGAAUGGAAUAUAUGUAUAUGUACGUAUGUGUAUAUAGAAAUAUAUUUUUUGCAUUAUACAGCUGGGGGAUUUUGCAAGUAUCAUUUGAUAUUAAUUAUUAUUUUUCCCUCCCAAGCGGUUUUUAAGAUUUUAAUGUAGCCAGACUCGAGACAGUGUCUUCCCAUGGUUUGGUAAAAACAAGUCGACUGUAACAGGUUUCAGGACUGGCAUCGAAACACUUUUUCAAGGCGCUGUUCUUUCAUUUUCACAAAAGCUUUACGCACGGCAGGGAAAUAAUCGCCGGACACCAACCAAAUGCUGGAUAACAUUUGACUGUUUCUGUUAAGUUAACAGUAGCCAGUGGUAAAACGUAAGUCAUUUUCCUGCCCUGCUUUACAUACAGAUCUAAUAACAAUAAUAACAACAGCUUUUUUUCCAGAAGCAUUUUUGGAGAAAACCCCGGGGUGAUAACUGCAUCAAGAAGCCAUAUUUCUUUCUCUAAUUUGUUAGAACAACAAAUGAAAAGUUCUGUUUGUCAACUCAACCUAAUUUAUUGUUUUAUUUAUUGUAUUUAUUAUAUCUAGGUACCGACAUGCCAUAUUGACGUAUCAAUUCAACCACGAGGCCCGAUGAAAUUAUAUUUAUCCAAAUUUUCCCUCCGUUUUGAAUGCAGUACCUAUUUGUUACUCACAUUUUUUAUUAUUAUUAUUAGUAGUAAUAAUAAUAACCGGGUUACUAUUCAAAUCACUAUGCAGCUCUGUCAUACGUGUUUCAAAAUGAUUGUAUACGACUCAAUGUCCUUUAAUUCUUUUAUGCAAACAGUUGCCUUUUCUCCUAAAGAUGUGGAAAAAUCAAAUGCAUUUUUCAAAAAAUUGUUCAUUAUCAUCGUGAUGAAGAGAUUUAACUCAGGCAAACUAAAUGUAUUGACAAAAAUACAGUAUUACGACACGCUUAUUACCUUACCACAACACUCCUGAAGGAUGUCACUCUGGUCUGAAUGGGAGCUAGAACUUCAAAGACUAAUUACCGUUGUAAAAUGUAUGCAUUUUUUUAUAUUAAGGAAAAACAUUGUAGCAUCUUUGUAAAUAUUUUUUAUAAUAAAAGGUGCAACUAUUAAA